GUUAACGUUUCCAUGCAUUAGGAUAUGAUUGGAAUGUGUUCAUCGGUAUAACAAACCGGAGCUCAUGGCUAGGGAAAAACAGCAGGUGCGAAAGUUUGACGUACUGUCAACGUGUUUUUUUAAUUUGAAGUAUACACGUAAUUGACACUGCUAUUGAAUUGAGGAUCAUAGCUACAAAAAAGAAGAAGGAGAAGUGUACAUAUAACAUUGGAAUAAAUUUCUUAUGGAGUAAUUGAAAUGUCUCUACCAUUGCGUUACAUCGUUAAUAAAUUAGAGGAUUAUAAAGACCAAGAUGUUUUUAAAGAAGUAAUCGGCCAAAAGAAGGAACUUAUGGAAAUUGUACGUGAAAUUGCGGCAAAGCAACCGGCCUCAGAAUCCUCAGCUGAUGGUGGCUUAUAUGUUGGAAUAGCUGGGAUAGCAUACAUGGGCUAUCACCUUAGUCGAAUAGGUCAACUACAGGAAGAAAGGAGCAACUUUGUCUUGUUCGGUCUUCAAUAUUUAGCACCUGCCUUGGAACGAGCUGAUCGAUGCAAAGACUCAAAAAAAGAGAAGUCUUCAUUCCUGCUGGGCAAUGCUGGGAUUUAUGCAGUCGCUGCUGUGCUUCACAAAGCAGCAAAAGAUAGUGUCAAGGCUUCAGAUUAUGCUAAGCGAUAUCUUCAAGGAGCAAAUAACUGCAAGCCAAUAAAUUUUUUGUCCUGCGGUGGAGACGAAUUAUUCGUUGGUCGCACAGGGUAUCUUAUCGGAGCGUUGUGGCUGAACAAGCAUAUGGACAGCCAGGUUGUCCCACUUAAAGAAAUUCACGAAAUAGCGCAAGCUAUUCUACAAUCUGGAAGGCAAUAUGCGACUGACCAUGGAAGCCCUUGUCCAUUGAUGUAUUCUUAUUACGAAACUGAGUAUCUGGGUGCUGCGCAUGGAUUGUCUUCCAUUCUUCAAGUACUCAUCCAAACACCAAAAUUUCUAGAGUCAGACCCAGUUGCAGAAAAGCUUGUCCAAGCAUCGGUGGAUUAUCUCCUUGGUUUACAGACAAAGUCGGGUAAUUUUCCAUGUGCCAUGGAUGAACUCGAUCGAAGAUCAAGAUCGGAGAUUGAUGAGCUGGUUCACUGGUGUCACGGAGCACCUGGCGUUGUCUAUCUAAUGGCAGUUGCCUACUUAUACUGGAAAGAUGACCGGUACUUGCAAUCGUGUUUGAAAUGCGGAGAACUAACAUGGAGGAAGGGCUUGCUUAAAAAGGGUCCAGGAAUAUGUCAUGGGAUUGCAGGAAGUGGUUAUGUCUUCCUGUUGUUGUAUCGUUUGACGCAGGAUCCCAAGCACUGGCAUCGAGCUGCAGCAUUUGCCAAUUUCUUAAAAUCUGAUGAAUUUUAUCAGAACGCCCGUAGACCUGAUAGCCCUUAUUCAUUGUACGAAGGUUUUGCCGGAACUGCGUGCUUCUUAGCUGAUCUGCUUGAACCAGAAAAAGCUCAUUUUCCUUUCCAAGAUGUAUUUUAAAUUAAUUUUGUCAUUGAUUCCGUCAAUCCUCCUUCUUUUGACUUUGCAACUGCAAUGUAUCCUGAUUUGUGAUAAUUUAUAGUCUCGAACAAAACACUGCAUCCUAAGUGUAAUAAAAUGUUAUAUACAUAUAUAAUGAUUAUGUAUGGUUGGUAAGUAAUGA